CCGUGCCGGAGCCACCCCCGUGCCCGCCGUUCCCGUUCGUGCCGCCGUUCCCGGCUCCCGGCACAGCGCGGCUCCCGCGGCACCAUGUGGCUGCAGGCGCUGCUCUUCCUCGCCGCCCUUCUCCUCCUCCUCCUCGCCCUCCUCUCGCUCGUGCUCCUGCGGGGCUCGGGCAGCCGCAACCCCUUCGCCACCGACAGCCGCCGCCCGCCCGGCCCGCUCGUCACCGACAAGGCCGUGCGCAGGACCGUCGUCAAGACAGUGUUCUCGGCGGACAAGGUGCCGCCGGAGCUCGAUGCCAUCGUGGUGGGCAGCGGCAUCGGCGGGCUGGCGGCCGCGGCGCUGCUGGCCAAGGCGGGCUGGCGGGUGCUGGUGCUGGAGCAGCACGGCAAGCUGGGCGGCUGCUGCCACACCUUCACCGAGAAGGGCUUCGAGUUCGACACCGGGAUCCACUAUGUGGGGCAGAUGCAGGAGGGCUCCCUGAUGCGGUUCCUGGUGGACCAGCUGACAGAUGGGCAGCUGGAGUGGGCCCCACUGCCGGCCACCUACGAUGCCGUGGUUCUGGGGGACCCCCAGGGCUCUGGCAAGACCUUCCACAUCCACUCUGGGAAGAGGGAAUAUUUCCAGAGGCUGAAGGAGCAGUUCCCCGGGGAGGCCGCGGCCAUCGAUGAGUUCCAGCGGUUGGUGAAGAGCGCCGGCCGUGGGGUUGUGCUGCUGAGCAUCCUGAAGAUGCUCCCCAGGUUCCUGGCCAAGCUCCUGAUCUGCUCCAGGCUGCUCCCACGGCUCUGCUCCUUCUCCCAGCUGGCCUCACGCAGCGUCAAGGAGGUGGUGGAUGGUCUCACCCCCAACCCCGAGCUCCGGGCUGUCCUCAGCUACAUCUUCCCCACCUAUGGCGUGCUCCCCUCCAAGGCCAGCUUCUCCAUGCACAGCAUCCUGGUGAACCAUUUCCUGCACGGCGCCUGGUACCCCAAGGGCGGCGCGGGGGAAAUCGCCUUCCACACCAUCCCCGUGAUCCGCAGCGCCGGAGGAAACGUCUUUGGGAAGGCGCCGGUGCAGAGGAUCCUGCUGGACGCGCAGGGCAGAGCCUGCGGUGUGAGCGUCAGGAAAGGCCAGGACUCGGUGGAAAUCUUCGCUCCCGUGGUCAUUUCGGAUGCCGGCAUCUUCAACACCUACGAGCGGCUGCUGCCGGCGGAGGCGCGGGCUCUGCCGGAGAUCCAGUCCCAGCUCCACAUGCUGGCCCCUGGCGAGGGCGGCUUCACCGUCUUUGUCGGCCUCAGCGGCUCCAGGGAGGAGCUGGGGCUGGAGGCCACCAACUACUACAUGUUCCCCGGGCACGACCUGGAUGGAAUCAUGCAGCGCUACCUGGCUUUACCCAGAGAAGAAGCUGCCAACAACAUCCCCUUGAUCUAUGUCACCUCGCCAUCAGCCAAGGACCCCACCUGGGAAAUGAGGCACCCAGGUAAAUCCACGCUGGCCAUCGUCACCUUCGCCAGGUACGAGUGGUUCGAGGAGUGGAAGGACAAGCAGGUCCACAAGAGGGGGGAUGACUACGAGGACCUGAAGAAGACUUUUGUGGAUGCCAUCAUGCAGACCGUCUACAAGCUCUACCCUCGCAUCGAGGGCCGGAUCGAGUACCUGUCCGGUGGCACUCCCCUCACCAACCAGCACUACAUUGCCAGUCCCCAUGGCGAGUUCUACGGCGUUGACCACGGCAUCCCCCGGCUGCAGGCCGAGGCCAUUGCCACCGUGCGGGCAGACACGGCCGUGCCCAACCUCUACCUGACAGGGCAGGAUUUGUGCCUGGGGGGCUUCAUGGGGGCCCUGCAGGGAGCCCUCAUCUGCGCCAGCGCCAUCCUCAAGCGCAACCUGUACGCGGACAUGGCGCGGCUGAAGAUGCGCCUGCAGGCCGCCAGCGCCAAGAAGGGAGACUAAAGGCUGCCAUCCCCCCCAG